AGUCCGAAGAGAAGGUAGAUUUCUUGUGUCUCUCUGGAGCUAGCUGGACCCUGUUUGAUGAUUUUAUGCCAUGAUGUUGUCCUGCAAAGAAGCAACAAAAUUAUUGAGACUGGUGAAGUUUAAAGGUGUCGUUUAUUUGAUGUCCUAAAUGCUCAGGCCAGCGUUGAGCAAAACAGACCUGUAUCAAGUGUUUACAGCAGGUUUGUUGCCUCAAGGGCUUCCUCCUAUCAACAUUCAGUUGCUGCUGUCAACCAGUCUAAAGAGCAGGAGUCAAGGGUACGAGAGUCAAGGUUGCAGGAAUAUCAUCAGAACUGUUGUCGGAGAGCAGAGGAGAGAGGGGAGGAGUGUAUCACAUUUGAAGACUUCUGUGCCCACUUCAUCCAGAGCUGGUGGCACAAGGUCCACACCAGACGUCAGCUGCGAGGCGUUCCAGACAUCAUGGCUGCCGUCACACCUCUGAAGAGUGCCUCAUCUGUUGGCAAGUCGGUAUCCAUCGUCCUGUCACCAGAGACGGGAGUGGUCAGGGGUGAGACCCACACCCCGGGGGCACCACCCCCAUCAGUCAAGGCACAGUCGAGGAGGUCGAGGAAGUCGGUGCCGGUCAAGAAGACGAAGAGGACAGAGCCAUUGGUGCCCAAUGAGGCAGCAGCUAUCAUUCAACAAGCAUGGAGGAGGCAUAUUGAUGUGCAGGUGUACCGCUACUACCGAGACCUCAUCAACUUCCGUUGCCGUGGUAACCCAGCGAUGAUGCUGCGCUGCAUCAAUCCAAAGGAGGCCAGUUUGCUGGAUGCUGCUGCAGGGAUCCACAUCAAGUUUCGACUUGCCGGGGCCAAGUUUCCACCGAACAUCUACUACAAGAUCUUCACCCAUCGGACCAUCAUCGACAUGUGCGCCAACAGCCCUAAGGACUACACCAAGGCCAAUACCAAACGGUUCGCUGCCAGGGAUGUCCACAAUCGAAGGGAGCAGGGCAGUCCAAACCUUGGGCAAGGUGGUGGUGAGGUGGAUAAGACAGGAUGGUAUCAGAGAGAGGAGAAUAAUGGAUGGAGGCUUGUUUCUGAUAGGUUGAUCUUGAGAGCAGACCAGGACCCAAUUACAUGGGAGAGUUCCAGGACCAAACAAGAUUUCCAACAUUCCAAGCUUCUUCGGAAAGAGGACGUUGAGAAGAAAAAGAAGAGGAAAAAACUCGAUUGGAUGAAAAAAAUGUACAAAGAAGGCAUGCUCCAAGCCCAGGCCGACGAUGAGGGUCUGAACACUCUAGUUGAGGACGCUACCGAGGGUCUCAUGGCUCAGAUAGAGAACAAGGGACCAGAGUCCGUGGAUGACUGGGAGGUCGAUGAACUCCUACAAUGGACCAGUGGAUUGAACUUUGAUGACUACCAGAAGUCAUGGCAGGAGAUAGCCACUUCUGCAGGAUCAGAGACAUAUAUAGAUGAAAGGCUGCAGUUCAAGACAAACAAGCAGGAUCCUUACGAGUUCACCUUCACCAUGAGAGAAUCUCUCCCAUCCCCACCCUCACCAUCUAGAGUCACCACGGCGAAGACAAGAAGUGCAACAACAAAACUUCAGAUAGAAGACAUAGCCGUCAACUGAUAUAGAAAGAGGAAAGACUCUCACUCUGCACUGAGAAGUCAUAAUUGUUAAUUGAAAUUUGAAAGAAAAAAGACUUUCAUGCUGCAAAGUUGACAACUACAAUUUGAAUUUACUGUCCAUGGAAGCAGCCAAAAUGGCGUGGAAAUGUCAUUUUUUAGACUUUCGGAUGUUGCUUAAGCCUGUCCAUUGCAGAAGGAGUAAGCACAAAGAUACAGGUACAGUCUCAGCCAGCAAGCUUCACCUCUUUAGUUAUGUCUAAGUGCACCAACACGCCUUCUAAUAAAUGACCUAGCAGUCAGCUGCAAUAGUCAGUGAAACCCAUUCAAAGUAUAUUAUAAAAGUCUUCAUCAAACGUUCACCUAUAAGUAUGUCUGACAUUGCAGUGGCAGAGGCCAGUGGUGCUGGACUGUCUGAUCUAAUAUGCUUUUGAGGGUGAAGUUGGGGAACCAUGACAAAACAACCUAAAGUUAAAAGGUCAAUUCCACCCUAGGAAAAUGUUGAUUUGAAAAAAAAAACCAA